AUGUUGCAUUACGCAUAGUGAUAUAAGGGUGUAUUUCCUUGUAGCUGAAUCGGUGGAGAGGCACACACAUUACUUAAUUCCUUUGUUUCUCUUCCAGAAAUGGAGGAACAGGCAUCAUUUUCCAAGGUCAAAACACUCGUUGCCUUCCCUACGAUAUGUUACGACAUCUGCAUUCAGCGUUGUGCCUAAUGAGGUGACUGUGUACUACCAACGCGGUCUGCCUGUGAUCACGGUGCCUCUGCCCUCUCGUCGUGAGCGGUGCCGUUUUACCCUUCGGCCUAUAACUUCCACUGUCUCCGACUUUCUGCAAGACUUACAGAAAGAAGACAAGGGGAUAGAUAGGGUCAGCAUUCAAAGUACAGACGGGACAAGGAUUGCUUCCUCAACGAGCAUCGCAUCCCUCAUGAACGAAGACUUUCAUCUUGUUAUCAACGAUAUCGUGUACCUGGUCAAGACACCGCCUCUCGAGACGAUCCCAAACGAAGAGGCAGAGUGUCUCUCUAGUGUACGCACGCGGGUUGCUCAGCUCUAUGAGGCGUUGCAUAUAGACCAGCACCAGCUGGAUACCCAGAACAGGCUACUAGGAGAAUUAGAGAAACUGAAAGAGGAAUUGGAGCCCUUAGAAAAGAAACGAGAAGAACUCCUCACAAGAGCUCAGAGACGAUCGAAUACACUCUCCUGGUUAGGUUUAGCACUUAUGGGUGCCCAGUUUGGUGUCCUCGCCCGUCUCACAUGGUGGGAGUACUCGUGGGAUAUCAUGGAGCCCGUCACAUACUUUAUCACGUACGGGACCACCAUAGCCAUGUAUGCCUAUUUUGUGCUCACGAGACAGGAAUACAUUUUACCGGAUGUGUUCGACCGCCAAACUCUUUUUGGUUUCCAUAAACAAGCACAGAAAAUGGGUCUGGAUGUGAAGCGUUAUAACAAACUCAAGGACAACGUAGCUCAGAUUGAAGAGGACUUGCGCAGGCUGAGAGAUCCUCUCCAGCUCCAUUUGCCUAUCAAGGAAAUCCGAAGAUAACCGUCAUCUCCCUUUUAGUGACCUGUGCAAGAAAAAAAAAUGAAAAUAUUUAUCAACAGUGCCGAGGAAUUCUCCAACAGCUCAUUUCAUUCGUUUUUUAUUAAUCUUUUUCACAUCCCAGUUUCCGUUUCUAUACACAAAUUUAAAAGAAUUCUUAAAAAUUUAUUUAGUGAAAUUUAUUGAUUAUUUUUCAAAUUAGUUAAUGUUUACUAAUCAUUUCAACCAAACUUAAGAUUUCGAAUACGUUUUUUGCCAUAAGGGAGCAUAACUCUUAUACGUGGUGCUCUGUCACUAGUUUGGUGUGCAGAUAACGUGUCAAAUAUGCUAGUAAUAUUCAUUACACAUUUUUGUAUGUAAUGCUUAGUAUAAAAAUUUCACCAAACACCGCUUUCAAAGUAUUUAUCCAAUGCUUUUAAAAUAAUUGCAUAUUCACUUUUUCCAUAUUUAUGAAUUAAACGGAAGUUAGUAAUCUAAUUUCUUGCAUAAAACAAAAUGAAAUUAGUAUAUAUAAAAUGAAACUUUAAAUUUUAAACAUGAUCUAGAAAUAGAACAUUUUAAUUUAUUCAUUAAUCAUAACAUAUUGUCAUAGCAUAAAUAAAUCAAAAUCACCAAUUAAGUCACCAAUUAAAUUUUAAUUUGCAGUUUCUUUUAUAAAGUAAAUCUCUGCUUGGCAUUUAUGUGUAUAUGUUUACUAAGUCUGCUCGUUCAUAUGCUUAGUUAUAAUACGGAGUUAAAAGGAAUGUACAAUAGUUCUAUAAAUGUAUUUAUAUUAAAUACAUUUAUAGGACAACAUUAAUACAUUUAUAGGAGUAAUUCUAUUCUAAUAAUGUUUGUCUCUUUUAUUUGUAAUAAGCUCCUGAUUUCUCAGUUUUAGAAUUUUAAUCUAUUCUUCUGGGUGUUAAAUAAUUUCUUCCUAAAUUAGGAAUUCUGCCAAGCUACAAUACUUAAAAGUUUCCAUGUUUGUAAAAUACCCAGAAUUUUAGUUUUGAUUUAAAAGAUUGCUGCAAAAGAAGUAAUUUCUUUUGAUGGAAUAUUCAGAACUAGAAUCUGUAGUUUUUGCUGAACAUAUAUUUUUUUUUACUCAAAAGAUUAUUUCAGUUACUUGUGCUAAGAAUAAUUUUUGUACGUUGUUCUUGAGAGAAGAACACAUUACGAGUGAUGUCUUAUAGCUGCAUUUUAGUCAGUAUUGUUGAUGCAGAAUCAAAUUAUUUUCUUCCAUUCCCUAAACUUAACUAUUUUUAAACUUGUUGCUGCUUUAAUUUGAUUCACUUUAUAUUUUUUAAUCUUUUAGGCAUCGUUGAUUACUUUAUUCAUGUUCCUUUCAGUUUAUGCUUUCCUUUAUUAUUUUAUUCCUUUGAUGCGUUAUAUUAUUGCACAUAUUUGUUAUUUCACAUAGCAAUUUACUUAAUAUUAUCUGCUAGUUUCUAUUAGAAAAGUAUAACUAUCAUUAUGUUUAAUUAUUGAAAAAUAGAUCUGGUCUUUUGUAAUUUCAUUAUUUUUCACUUUAUUUUAUUCUAUUUAAUUCUUACUAUUUUAAAUUUAAUUUAUGAAAAUAAAUAUUUUUGACCUAGUUCAGUAUAUUUUACAUUGAUCUGUGUAUAAAUUGUCUAGCAUUUCUCUUUUUUACUAAUCAAAGGUGCUACACAAGCGCACUUUUCUAGAAUCUUUAAAUUCUUAUCUAUGGCUGGGAUGUGUGAGUGAGAAAACUUUCAUACUCUACUUUAAAGUUGUUUUGGAGAAGCUCUCGGCAGCUGUGAAAGGCAAAAAUUUCUUGAAAAAAGUGGAAAAUGAACACUCUGAGUCUCUGGUUUAUCACUCGAAUGCAAAUGAUAUAAAUGGAAAUUUAGAAUGCAGUGAAGCCAUCCAUGGUUUUACCAUACGUCUUGUGUUAAUUUCCAAGCUUAGUUACACUUUGCUUUGAGUGGCAUGUUUGGAAAAGAAUUAUUAGAAAUUUCAGUUAGAAUUUGUUUAUAUGCUUGCUUACUAAUAUUAUGUUAUAUAUGUUUUAUUUACUAACAUUUUAUUGUUUGGGAUAUCCUUCAGAUAAAUCUACACUUCUAGUAUGCAGUGUUUCUUUUAAAUUUUAUACCAAGGGAAAUAUUUAUUUGUUUUAGUUAAAAAAAUACUGCUUUUUAGGUAAUUUAAAAUGAAAGAAUAUUAUGUAUGCAGUACAUUCUAGACACUCCUGUGUUUACAAAAUUUGAGUUGAAAUAUCUUUUUAGCAUAAAUGCAGGAAUACUGCAUUAUGCCUAAUGAAAGAAAGGAUAAACAUGUUCUGUAGCACUUAGAAAAUUUCUGUCUUUCUAUAAGAAAACUGAAAAUAGAAAAUUGUUACUUAAUCUUUGUACUUAACAUGCAUUAUAUUAUAAAAAUUAUCUAAAUAUUCCUACUCCACAAAAAUUAAAAUUAUGAUAUAUACUUAUUUUCAAACAGCUAUCUUUGUCAAUAUGUCAUCAUUUGUUAUCAGAAAAUAAUUUUUAUGAGAUACUUUCUUCUGCCAUAAAUCAUAGCACAUUCAUAUUUUGAGUUAUUUCAUUAUCAUAAGUGACUUAGCACUUUAAUUAUAUCAAAACCCAUUAUAAUAAUUUAUUUCUGAAUUUAUGAUA